AUUGCAAGAACUUCUUGCACAAGCGCAGAACAACUACAAGAGCUACAACCAAUCUGGCAGCACGGCGCCUUCCUCUCAUCUCUCCCCCACGAGCGCGACUACAUCGUCCUACUUCACUAUUCAGGAAACGAAACUGUGUUAUAGAAGUGCUGUUGGAGCCAGCGUGGUCUGCAUGGUGACAGAGAGAUCCCGUUAUGCAGAUGCUAGUACAGGUACGUGAAAUUCUUGAAGGGCUUCCUGGCUUUCUGGCAUGGCAAGUGUAAGUAACUGUGUUCUUGCCUUUUCUGCAUAUAAACAGUUUUUCUCUCGCAUAUUCACCCACUCCAUCAUCACCUCGAGCAAAUCGCUGAAGGUAUGCAAUGCAAAAGCAUCGUACUAGUAUAAAUUGCAUUACAAAUUACCCCAGCAUUACAAUUCAAAUUUGUAAUGCUGAUUUACGUUGAGAAAGAGAUUUGUAAUGCAUAAAUGCAAUUACUACGAAUACGAUACUUUUGCACAGGAUAGAAGGAGGAAUUUGACAACUAUGUGUCCUAUCCACUGCAAAUAUGCCUGGGUCUGGAAGGGUGCAACUUGUCAUGCUGAAUCUGAAUCUUAGUUACAAAAGUCUGUGUUGCAUGAGUGCCAAGAGUUGUCCACUUUCGAGCACGUUGGGAGGGAGUUUCUCAUGCAGGAUAGGUAUGACAGAGACCUCACAGAGUCUGUCAUGCUAGCUCCCGCAUUCCAGACCUCGGGGGUCAUAGAAAACCUGCAUAACAUUCCAUUGACUGCUCGUCAUGCGAUGCACAUACAGAGUUUUUCAUUUCAAAAAAUCAAGAAACAGUGUCACAACUUGCACUUUUCCACCAGAUGACGACCCAGGUUUGGAAUGCAUAUGUCUCAACUGUUCCGUCUGGGCGCCGUGGAAUUGGAUGUCUUCGUCGGGAUUUGGGUUGCGGCGUCCAUCCUGCUUUUUUUCCCUUUUGUCGUGAAAUCCCGCGCUAACUGGCUCAUGCUGGAAGUCGGCCAGAGCUACAGCAAGGGAGAGCGGGUGGGAUCCGCUUUCGGGAUUUUGGC